AUGUCUGACCCGAUAUUUUAUAUUCAGUCUAACUUGUCUUCCGAGCCCUGGGAGAGCACUGCGGCAGCAGCGGUGCCUCCCACGUCUCCUCCUACACCUGCAUACUACCAUGUUCUGUACCAAGGAUGUGGAGAAACCCAGGUGGGCUGGCAUGGGGAGACAUACUGCCUGGUUGGUGGCUACCGGCUCUAUGGGGACGCUCCCUUGGCCACUUCAGCCAAGGACAAAAUAGACAAGUCAGCAGAGAAACCAGCAGAGAAGCCAGCUGAAAAGUCAACAGAGAAGCCCAAUCAGAGAGCCUGA